AGCUGGACCAGCUGGGUUAGCUAGCUAGCUGGGUUAGCUAGCUGCUCCCGCCUCCACGCGCUGCUCCCGCCUCCACGCGCUGCUCCUUCCCACUCGUCGCUCUGACAAGAGGGCCUCCUUACGCAACGUCGUGCUAAAAUUGUCCGGAUUGUUCCAAAGAGGAACGGCAAAGAGAGCUGCACCGACGUGGAAAAAGGUGUGGUGUGAUGAGGCAGAGUGAGCAUUUACCAGCCUCUGACUUUAGAGAUGCUGCCACUAAUUACUAAACUCACCAGAGUUUACUGCUUGUUGCCAUGACAACAGAUGAAGUAAGUCUAAAUACUGUCCGUAGCGCUGCUGUUUAUCCAAUGCUGAGCAGACAGGUUGGACUCUAAUCUCAGCUCAGUGUUUCCUCACAUUCCCCACACUGAAAAGAUUCUGCUGAAUCAGCAUUAUAUUUGUGUCCAACGUUUCUCUUGUGUUAAAGUUCUGUUCAUCAGGGUGUUUUAUCAGCGUUUUGCUAAAACCUGCUCUUUUUCAGUCCUAUCAGAAAAAAAUUGUAGAAAAGUGAGUUGAACAUACUUUUUUCCGCUGCAUGUUCAUGGACCUGCAGCUGCACAUUUGUAUUGUUCUUAUAGAAGAUGAAUAAUAACAGCAGCCUGUCUUCUGCUCCCUGUUGUAUGAUUAUCAUUGUAUCAUCACGAGGUGAGUGUUUCUCACCUUCUGCAUCCUCUUCAUGUGAGCAGAGCAGCUACUUUCAGACUGUUUAUCUCUUUCAGCUCUGUCUUCCUGUGCUAUAACAGCAGAGGCCGGUUUGGACGCCAUCUUGGUCUGGUUGUUCUGAUGAAGGGGACACUGUAACGCCUGUACGAUGCUCGGUCGCUCUCAGCUAAUGGACGCUUGCCGACUCCUUCUCACCAUCUUUGUGAUGGCAUCUCCAUCUGAAUCUAUGGAAAUCCAGGAUUGGGUUCAGGAUCAGCCUUUGUGUGAGGACUGUGACAUGGAGUCCUUUCUCCUGCUGGAGGGUGAAGCCUUUUAUUCUGUGCCGUACAUCGUUAAAUACCUCAAACAGCCUUUAAAUGUCACCUGGUACAAGAAUGCACCCAAGGUUGAGUUCAUCUCAGCUGAUGUGAAGGACAGGGUCCAUUACCAGGACUCGGCACUCUUCCUCUUAGACCUCGUCCCUGAGGACUCUGGGGUGUACGUGGGAAGGCUCGUGGAGCCAUCAGGACAGUGUAGCAACGCUUUUCUAAAUGUCACCGUCUUCAAAACGAGCUAUAAAAACAACAGCGACGUCUUCUACGGAAAAAUCCAGACUUCAGAUAUGAAUCAGAAGGUCUCAUGUCCACAGGGUGUUGAGAAAACAUGUGAUGACCUAAAGGGAAACUUCACCUGGUACAAGAACUUCACUCUGAUUCAAGGUGAACACAACCCUAACCUGUGGAUUAUGAAGGCGACCCGACGCGACCAGGGCAUCUACACCUGUGUUUGUAACUUCACUUAUAAUAACAGGACGCACAUCUCGUCAGGCUGCAGGUUGCUGUCAGUGAAAGAGUCGGGAGGAGGAGCCAGCUACAAUAUAAUGAUCCUCUCUCCAACCAGCGAGAAGCAAAUAUGUGACGAAGGCGCCAAACUCAAACUGAGCUGCUCAGUUUUCUGUGGAAAUAAUGUUGACAUUUGUGAAGCUCGUUGGUACAUCAACGGAAAACGCAUCGACCACAUGGACGGAUACAAUCAGAGCACUGUUAUGCUCGUGGAGCCAUCAGGACAGUGUAGCAACGCUUUUCUAAAUGUCAAAAUGAGCUAUAAAAACAACAGCAAUGUCUUCUACGGAAAAAUCCAGACUUCAGAUACGAAUCAGAAGGUUUCAUGUCCACAGAUUGUAAAGAAAACAUGUGAUGACCUAAAGGGAAACUUCACCUGGUACAAGGGUGUCGGGCUUUGGCAGAUGUCGGACCCACAUGCACAGGCAGACAACAGGAGACACGUAUCGUUAGCGUAGAAUGCUCAGUCUCUAUUCGAGAAAAAUCUCGAAUGGUAAGUACAGGAGGAACAGGCUCAAUCAGGUUCAGGGACAGGCAGGGGUUCGGUAACAGUUCGACACAGCAAAGGUACCAGGUGAGGAGCAGGCUUUCUCAGAGUCAGACAAACAGAUACGUUACCAACGUUCAAGGCAAAGGCACAGGCAGAAGUCAGGGACAGAAACACGAUCUCGAGCUAAGUAGACAAUCAAAGAUAUGCUGGAAUGUGGUGGAUAUCAUGCAACAAUCUGGCAGAGGUAAAAGGUGAGUGCCAGAGCCUUUAUACCUUGAUUGAUUACAAGAUACAAACCGGCUGCGGAGUCAUGUGACCAGGAGCGACCCCAGAACAAAAACACAAAGACAGGAUGUCAACAAAAUAAAACAGGAAAUACAAAACGGCCCCAGGAAUCAUAACACAGGGAUGUAAUGUUGUUUUUACUGCUUUUCCUGCAGAACUUCACUCUGAUUCAAGGUGAACACAACCCUAACCUGUGGAUUAUGAAGGCGACCCGACGCGACCAGGGCAUCUACACCUGUGUUUGUAGCUUCACUUAUAAUAACAGGACGCACAUCUCGUCAGGCUCCAGGUUGCUG